AUGCGCUACACCCCCAGCGGACAGGGCGUAACGUCCUUUAGCGUUGCUUCCAACCGGCGGUAUCGCACGGCCGAUGGUGAGCAGCGGGAAGAGACCAUGUGGUUCAACAUCAACGCGUGGGGGCGACAGGCCGAGAUUUGCAACCAGUACCUUACCCGUGGCAGCCAGGUUUAUGUGGAAGGCACCCUGACUACGCGAAUAUUCACGGGCAAUGACGGUCAGCCGCGGGUUUCCAACGAUGUAAGAAUGACCGAAAUGCAGAUGCUCGGCUCCCGAGGCGGCGGCAUGGACGACGACCGCGCUCCCUACGCCGGUGAUACCGGUGGCGGCAUGGGUGAGUACAACGCACCCACCAGCCCCGGCGCGCCCUCAACCCUGGCCCCGGCCCCGGCAUCGGCCCCGGAUGGUCAGAGCCGUCCUGCCCCGUCGGGUACCGGCUACAGCCCGCGCCCUGGCGGACCCCAGGGUGGCUACCAGAACCGCGGCCCGCGCCCGGCCGGUGGAGCCCGACCCGGCGGCCGGCCCCGGGGACGCUAUGCGCCCCGCCGGCGCGUGUGUUCCUUCUGCGUGGAACACGUCAAGGAUAUUGAUUACAAGGACUACGAGCGCCUCCGCCGCUUUGUCUCCGAUCGGGCCAAGAUAGAGCCCCGUCGCAAGAGCGGUGUUUGCGCCAAGCACCAGCGGGCUAUGAGCAACGCCAUCAAGCGUGCCCGCCACUUGGCCCUGCUGCCCUUCGUUCCCGUGCAGACGAUCCGUAGUGGUAUCCGCCGCUAG